GGCCAUCUCUGGCGCCACGGCUACACCACCGGCGCCCUCACCACCCCACUCUUCCCGGACGUCAUCCCCUCGCUCGAGAAAUGGAAAUCCCAAUCCGGUAAAUCCCUCGCCAUCUUCUCCUCGGGCAGCGUCAACGCCCAAUUGCAAUUCUUCACCUACGUGAAACCCGAAAAUGGGUCGACGAGGGACCUCAAGCCGCUGUUUACAGCACACUUUGAUACCGUGAAUGCGGGGUCCAAGAUGCAGAAGGGUAGCUAUGAGAGGAUUUGUAAAGAGCUGGGGGCUGGGCCGGGGAAGGUGGCGUUUUUGACCGAUAAUGUGCUGGAAGCCGUGGCGGCGUCCGACGCGGGCGUCUAUGCCAUCCUCGCCGAUCGACCGGGUAAUGCACCCCUGACGGAGGAGGAUAGGAGGCGCUUUCCGGUCAUAAAGAGUCUGGGGGAGUUGCGUUAG